AUGGCCGAGCCGGCGCGCGCCCCGCGGCGGGUGGCGCUCAUCACGGGCAUCACGGGCCAGGAUGGCUCGUACCUGGCCGAGUUCCUGCUGGAGAAGGGCUACGAGGUCCACGGCAUCAUCCGCCGGUCCAGCUCCUUCAACACGGGCCGCAUCGAGCACCUAUACAAGAACCCCCAGGCGCACAUUGAAGGGAACAUGAAGUUGCACUACGGAGACCUCACCGACAGCACCUGCCUCGUGAAGAUCAUCAACGAGGUCAAACCCUCGGAGAUCUACAACCUGGGCGCCCAGAGCCACGUCAAGAUCUCCUUCGACCUGGCGGAGUACACGGCCGACGUGGACGGCGUGGGCACCCUGCGGCUCCUGGACGCCAUCAAGACCUGCGGGCUGAUCCACUCGGUGCGGUUCUACCAGGCGUCCACGAGCGAGCUGUUUGGGAAGGUGCAGGAGAUCCCGCAGCGGGAGACCACGCCCUUCUACCCGCGGUCCCCCUACGGGGCCGCCAAGCUCUACGCCUACUGGAUCGUGGUGAACUUCCGCGAGGCCUACAACCUGUUCGCGGUGAACGGCAUCCUCUUCAACCACGAGAGCCCCCGGAGAGGAGCUAAUUUUGUGACUCGAAAAAUUAGCCGGUCUGUAGCGAAGAUUUACCUUGGACAACUGGAAUGUUUCAGCCUGGGGAAUCUGGAUGCCAAGCGAGAUUGGGGUCACGCCAAGGACUACGUCGAGGCCAUGUGGCUGAUGCUGCAGAAUGACGAGCCCGAGGACUUGGUCAUCGCCACAGGGGAGGUCCACAGCGUCCGCGAGUUUGUGGAGAAGUCGUUUGCACACGUCGGGAUGACCAUCGUGUGGGAAGGAAAGAACGAGAAUGAAGUGGGCAGGUGUAAAGAGACCGGCAAAGUGCACGUGACGGUCGACCUCAAGUACUACCGGCCCACGGAAGUGGACUUCCUCCAAGGAGACUGCAGCAAAGCGAAACAGAAGCUGAACUGGAAACCCCGCGUGGCUUUUGAUGAGCUGGUGAGGGAGAUGGUGGACGCCGACGUGGAGCUCAUGCGGAACAACCCGAACGCCUGAGCAAGCGUCCGG